AUGGCUUCACACGCAUUGUAUCAUGAUGAAUGGGAAGGUGAUCUAGAAGAGCAUCCGAAGGCGACUUUAUCUGGGGCAAAGUUUCCUCUCGCGGCACUAGAUAUUCGUCAGAUUAACCUCAAAGGAGCGGCUCUCACUAACCGCCUGAAGGAGCUGCUCUCACUCCGGCAGUUUGAUCUGAUUGCGAAACGUGCAUCAGGAAUGAUGCUGGUUGAGGGACAUCUUUACAUCAAUCUUCUUGGCCAAGCGGGACAUUCCUGCGCAAUCGCGGACUCGAUCUUGUUCCUACCUGUAGACAUGCAAGGGUUGUUCUGGACAAAUAUCAGCGUGGUCGGGGGCAACGGGAUGUUCGCGGGGUUCCCGGCGCACUACGGAGGCGCCGAGUUUGGCCGCCAACCAGGGUUUGCCAACGUGAGUGUGACACGUACGGAAUUUCUGGAAGCCGUAAACAGCGCAUGCAUAAGGAAGUUCAAGAACAGGGGGUGGAAAGGGAAAGAACUUGGGGAUGAGGUACCUCAAGGGACAGGAAAAGAGGCGGGCCGAAGUACAGUACGUAUACGAGGAGGGAACACUCAGCCGCAGGAGACCGAUGUCGGAAUUGAGAAGCAACCGUUGAGGAGCUCAAGGAGGGCGGGGAACAAGGGAUGA